GCGCACGGACCAUAGUUUACUCUCCACUACCGACGUCUUACUCUGACUAAAACGCCAUGGCUGUCUCCGCUGCCCAUGCUGCGGAUACGGAGUAUCUCGUCCGCAAGUCAAUGACUACUGGAUACCAUAUACUGUCGCUGAUUACUCCGCCCGCCUAUGUUGUCUUUUCUGUGUCGGGGUACGGUUGGCGUGGCUUUUCGGCGAACCGCCUCCUUCGUGCGACAUGGCUCGGUGGCGUCGGAGGUACCGUGGUUGGUGGUGGCCUUGGGUAUGCUCGUUAUCGCUUUUCAAGUGAAGAAGUGGCCAGAAAACAUAGACUGGAAUCUACAUAUGAUACUAAUCGUAUCAGAGCAGAAGACCACAGUGUCAUUGGUUCCAUUUUAUUUGCUGUGCUCACUCCAGCUAUUUUAUGGAAACGCGCUCAUAUCGUGAAUCGUACGUGUCACAUUCAUGAUUCUUCCUCUACAAAUGCUCGCCGACGAUUCUAGUCGUUUUGGGUGGUGCCGGAAUAGGCAGCAGCAUUGGGCUGAUAACUCAUUAUGCUCGGACACUUGCAGGAGACCCACCGCCCAAAGUGACACUCCCAGCAAUCGUCACAGCAUAAGCACAUCAGUCGACAAGACCUAUAAAAUGUUCUGUAUCUCUACCUCAGCGUGUAUUUCUGUUGGCUUCUCUACACAAAAUGAACGUUUCCUGACAAUCCGAAUGUCG